AUGAAACUCACACUUCACCUUCCAGGAAAGCACAGAGUUGUCAUUGAUCCAACUAAGAGAUUAGAAGAAGUUCUCUCAAGGGAUGAUAUCGAGAAAACAAUGCUCACUGCGUAUUUUGAGGCAAACAAGAAAUAUGAAGAGGCCAGAGAGCUUACAUACGUUCAGUUUCCAUCUCGGUUUGUGUACCACAGUGACAUAAAAGAAUGGACACCAAGAAAGAAGGGCACAGCAAUAGGACGAGUCACCUAUGUUCAUCCAGCUGCAGGCGGCUUAUACUACCUUAGAAUCAUCGUCAACGUCGUUAAAGGGGCCUUUGGUUUUGAGCACCUCGCCACUGUAGGAGGUACAACGUUUGAGGAGUAUCGGGAUGCAUGCUAUGCGCUAGGUUUAUUGGACGACGAUAAGGAAUGGCAUGAUGCUAUAGUUGAACCAUCCUAUUGGGCAACAUGUCGUCAGCUAAGGAGGUUAUUCAUCACUAUCUUGAUCUACUGUGAAGUUGGAAACCCUCGGAAUCUUUGGGAUCAUGUGUGGAACAUAUUGGCUGAAGAUAUCUUAUAUAUGAAACAGAAAGAAUUCAACUUCCCGGGCUUGAUUCUACAGGAUGAGGAGCUCAAACAGUAUACACUAAUGGAGACUGAAAGACUCCUAAAAGAGAAUGAUAAAUCUCUAGCUGAUUUCUCCGGUACGCCAAAGCCAAACAGCAGUGUUCUUCAGGAAAUUUCAAACACGGUCCUGCGGCAUGAGCUAAACUAUGACCGUGAGAAAGAAGCAGCCGAGCAUGAGAAACUUUUUAGCACCAUGAAUGAGGACCAAAAAGACAUUUACAGCUCGGUCCUUGAUUCUGUCAACAACAAAGCCGGCCAGUUGUUCUUUUUUUAUGGCGCUGGAGGGACCGGGAAGACUGUCUUAUACAAAACUAUCAUUGUAAAACUCCGAUCAGUUGGUAAAGUGGUCAUACCUGUGGCAUCAGCUGGGAUUGCAGCAUUGUUAUUACUAGGAGGAAGAACAGCCCACUCUCGCUACAAACUCCCUCUCACUUUGACCGAAACAACAAUGUGUGAGAUUAAAUAUGGUUCUAUGUUGGCAAAUCUGAUUUCCAAAACAGACUUGAUCAUAUGGGACGAGGCUCCUAUGGCUCACCGUCAGACUUUUGAAACGCUGGACCGCACACUUAGAGACCUACAAGCUAUGGAGGAUCCAGCAGCUGCUGAUAAACCUUUUGGUGGAAAGACCGUGCUUUUGGGGGGUGAUUUCAGACAGAUUUUGCCUGUUAUAACUCAGGGUUCUAGGCAUGACACAGUCAAGUCUUCAAUCAGUAAGUCAUACCUAUGGCCCUUUGCACAGAUCCGCACUUUAACCAUCAACAUGAGACUGAGCCAAGCUGACAAAGAAUUUGCGAAGUGGAUACUAGAAGUUGGUAAUGGAACAGCGCCAACUGUGGCAACAGAGGGUAGAUGUGAAGAGGAAGGUGACCAGGUUAUAAUACGAGAUGAAUUCAUGCUUCCAAGCUCUGGUCUUCCGCAUCAGACAAUCUCAGAUGCUGCUUACCCCAACUUCGUUAAUAACUACUUAAACAGAACCUACUUAACAGAGAGAGUUAUCCUAGCACCAACAAAUGCCAGUGCCCACGAGAUCAACUCCUACCUUCUAUCUAAGGUUCCAUCCGCAGAGAAAGCGUAUCUAAGUUCUGAUAGUGUUGCUUUUGAGAGCACACCAGAGGAGGACUGGACAAAUAAUUACACUCAAGAAUACUUAAACUCGCUGGAGUUUCAAGGUUUGCCAACCCAUAAACUAUGCCUGAAAGUUGGGGCUCCUGUGAUGAUGUUACGCAAUCUCGACCAGUAUAGUGGGCUAUGCAAUGGAACACGGAUGGUUAUUUCACGACUGGGACACAGAGUUCUAGAAGCUGAGCUUUUAACAGGGACUCAUGUUGGAGAUAGAGUUUUGAUCCCAAGGAUACAGUUGUCCCCAACAGACAAUAUAAAUCCUUUUACUUUCCGCAGAAGGCAAUACCCAAUCAGGCUGUGUUAUGCGAUGAAUAUAAAUAAGAGUCAAGGAUAG